AUGGACGAUGGCUCGGAUUGUUUCGGGCGGAGCGGGGAGUUUUUCAAUCCGGUGCUGACGAUGGGGGCGCAGGUUUCAUGCCUGCUUGUCAUCUCCCAUUUCUUCCAGCUCCUGCUCAAGCCUUUAGGCCAACCAGCACCCCUCGCGCAAAUUCUCGCAGGAUUCGUGCUUGGCCCAUCUUGUUUAUCACACAUAGAUAGUGUGAGAACAUUCUUUUUUUACAAUUCUGCUGAGUACUAUGAAACCAUGGCACUAUAUGCUAGGAUCAUAAUCAUGUAUCUUAUCGGGCUCGAGAUAGAUUUUGCGUAUCUAAGGCGCAACUUGCGCGUAGCAACCGUCAUUGCCUGUGGAAGCAGUUUUAUCUGUACGAUAUUUGCCAUAGCUGUGACCUCUUUCAUAUACGAAGAGACGGGAGCCCAAGGUUCCACAGUCAUGAUGACUUUAACACUAGCAAUCAUCUUAUGCAACACGGCCUCCCCUUUCGUCACUUGCUUGGCUCAUGACCUUAAGUUUGCGAAUUCUGAUCUUGGGAGGCUGGCCAUAUCUUCCUCAUUAGUAGCUGAUACGUAUGCGGUUUUUCUCCUGAUCAUACUUUCAACGAGCAAGCGUGACUUUGGCUUCUCGGAUUGGCUUGUCCGGGGAAUUCUAUAUCUUAUCAUCGUCAUAACUGCUAUUUUCCUCAACAUAAAUUUAGCAGAUUGGUUGAACAGGAGACAGAGAAACCAAAAGUAUCUUAAAAACACCGAGCUUUUUGCUCUUAUAGCAGUCUUGUUUGUUGCUGCCACAUCUCUUGAGACCAUGGGAAUCAGCAGCAUAUUUGCUUGUUUCAUUCUCGGUGCACUGUUUCCUAGAGGAGGCAAAGCGGCUCGGACUCUCUUGAUUAAACUCUCAUAUUCAGUCCAUAACUUUGUGCUACCAUUUUACUUUGGCUACAGCGGGUUCAGGGCAGAUCUCACUCAUAUAAACAGUUUUCGUUACUUUGCUGUAGUUGCAAUUAUUAUCCUACUCAGCAUUGGGGGGAAGGUAACUGGCACACUCGUUGCUUGCUUCCACUUGAAAAUUCCAAUGAAUGAAGGGGUUCUUCUUGCUUUCUUAAUGAACUUGAAAGGUCACGUGGACUUGCUUGCUCUUACCAUAGGCGUCGAGGACAAAGUCUUGUCCAGCCAACUAUUCUGCAACUUGAUGACAGCAGCUGUAGUGAUCAAUUCGUUGAUCUGGGGACCCUUGAUAGCUUAUACGGUAAGAAGAGAGAGCGAUAUCCUAGGUUAUAAGCAUAUAGAUUUCGAAAAGCAAUGUCCAGAGAGUGAGUUAAAACUGCUGGCUUGUGUACAUAGUCCCCGCCCUGUAGCAACCAUGAUAGGACUGAUUGCAACUUGUAAAGGUCCUGAUAGUGUUGCUAUUUCUCCUUACCUGAUGCACCUAAUUGAGCUUCCGGAGAAAAACAAAUCAAAGAACCUCUUGUACCACCAGAAGGCAGAAGACGAACUCAGUGAUGAUGACAAUUAUGGUGGUAACGACGUGGUGGAGAUCAACGAAACAGUAGACAUCUUUUGUUCUGAGACUCCAGUAAUGAUAAGUCAAGCUAAAGUUGUAGCACCUUAUGCAACCAUGUUUGCUGAUGUAUGUGAAUUUGCUGAGGAUGUGAGAGCAUCUAUCAUCAUUCUACCUUUCCAUAAACAUCAAAGAAUUGAUGGGAAACUGGAGAAUGGGAAGGAAGGCAUAAGGAUUACAAAUCAAAAGGUCCUCCUUCAUGCAAAAUGCACGGUUGCCAUCCUUAUUGAUCGCGGGCUCACUGCUGGCUCCAUGCAUACAUCCACCUCUGGUACGUUGCAUCACAUUGCUAUGCUGUUUUUUGGCGGACAAGAUGAUCGGGAAGCAUUGGGAUUCAGUAAACGUCUAGGAAUGCAUCAUCGAAUUAGCCUCACCGUGAUCAGGUUCCUACACAAGUCGGUGCCAACGGAGCAUGUAGGAAUCGAUGUAGAUCACAAGGAGGAGGACGUGUUGAUGGCCAUACCAAGCCACGAAUCAGAAGCCGAUGCAGACAACACAGUCUUGACUGACUUCUUCAAUAGGUUUGUAACAUCAGGUCAGGCGGGAUAUGUAAUGAAGCACGUAGAGAAUGGGGAGGAGACAGCAUCGGCUCUAAGGGACAUGGCCGAUAUGUAUACAAUGUUCAUAGUGGGGAAAGGAAGCAGAUGCAACUCGACAUUAACAACUGGUAUAAGUGACUGGGAAGAAUGCCCGGAGCUUGGCAGAGUAGGUGAUUUUUUAGCUUCUCCAGAUUUUGAACUUUGUGGAUCAGUAUUAGUUGUACAACAGCAUAGAUCAGCCAGUGCUGAUGAAGAUCAAUAGGAUUCUAUAUGCCUCUAUGUAAAAUUGCAGAAUAUGACUU